UGAAGCACUAUUGUUCAGUUGAUUGUGCACCGUACAACGGAAGUGAUGGAAGUGAUGCUGUAUUUGAAGGAAGUUUUAACCAGUUCCUAAAUCUGGACAAAUAGUCCCUCGCCUAACUUUUCCUCCUCCUUCUGAAAGUAUCCUUUUCCAUUAGCGCUACAUUCGCUGCGCGUGGUUUUGUGUGUACAUGUGAGAAAGUGUGUGAUUUUUAGUUGUUUUAUUCAAAUUUUGUUCACACACGUUCACACACUGUGCAAGAUAUGGCCGGUGGAGGGCACGGGUGUCUGCUGCUUUCGGCUUUCUGUAUGAUCCUCACACUUGGAGGAUCAGCUACGGAGCCAGAUACGGAGCUAGCGGAUCGACCCAAAACCGCAUAUCUCGGAUGUCACAAGCGUCUGUUCACGUACCGGGUGUCCCAGACGGACAGUAAGGGACGUGAGUGCUGGGAUCACGUCAGCGUACUGUCCUGCUGGGGACGCUGUGACUCGAACGAAAUCUCUGACUGGCGCUUCCCGUACAAACGAUCGCACCAUCCGGUGUGUGUCCAUGCGGGACGGACGAAAGCGGUAGCGCUGCUGCGCCAUUGCCAUCCGGAUGCGGAUCUAGCGGCACGGCAGUACGAGUACAUGGAACCGAAAUCUUGCAACUGUCAGACCUGCUCCAGCACCGAUACUAGCUGUGAAGGGCCUAAACAACUCAACACGGAAGCAGUGACAAAGAUAUUUCAAAUCGAUGAAGAAGACACGGAACCGGAAUAUCCGUAAGAUGCACCAGAGGAGUUAAGCAACCGUCAAGCUCUCUUUCCUUCCCACUUUGGUAGCCAUUCAACGUGUAGGUGUGUAACAUUGAACGUUGUCCAAUAUGCCGUGACACGUACGAUACCAUCUUAUGAUUCGCCAACAGGACGAUACGCGAAACAUUUAAACUAGAGUAGCGUGAGAGAGAUUAUAAAUAAAGGAUGUUAUUUUGAUGCUAACCAUGACCGUUACCAGCGAUUCGCUGCUUUUCCGGAUAUUCAUAUCUGUUCGACACAAAGGGGCCAAAUAUUCGAGACAGUAUCGUUUUAAAUUUAUUCACAUACACUCUUUGCUUAACACUUAUCUAAUCGCCACGAGACAAAAUUAAAACAGACUGUAUUAAUUGUAAUUACAAAUCAUAAAACAUAAUCGCAUUCUCCUGUGUUGUACUUUUGUGGGGAAGGAGGAUAACCUGUGCAAGGAGCGUGCUGUCCUG